CGUUCCCGUUCCUGCUAGUCGCUUUACGUGAACGAUCUGUCAUUAACCGGAUAUUCCACUCGUGCGCGCGAGAUAACGGUGUUUUGUUACGUCGAGCGUGCGAACCGUCCUGGUCUCUCAAUGUUUUUCUUUUUAACUCGGGAAACGGCUCUGGAGCGUGUCAUUUUUCAGAACUAAAGCCCAAACUUUUCCGCCAUGGAGCGAGCUAAUCGAGCUAGCUAGACACAAAGCUGAACAAGCCGGCUAGCACAAAACAAACGCCGCUCUCGUUUGACCCGAUUCGGUGGCGCGGAGCUGGUAAACAUGGGAAGCGCUUUAAGGACGGAGUUAACGUGGCUGUUGAGUUCGUUGCACGACCCGCAGCACGUCGCCCGGUUUCAGGAGCUGUGCGGGGUGCGGAGCGCGUUCACCGGAAACCGAGCCGGCGCGCGAGACUCGUGCGGCGAAAAGAUGGACGGAGACAAGCGGAAGAGCGAAGGUAAAGGGAAGCAGCAAGACGUCAACGGCGCGGUGAACGGGACGGCGAACGGGGCCCCUGGAGAUAGCGCUCGCGCGUGCCCGUCUAACGGCUCCGGUAAGGGCGGGACUGCGCGAGGCCCGCUGCGCAGGAACUCUCUGACCGGAGACGUGGGCCACCAGUUCGUGAUCGAGAACCGGUUCCUGUACUACGCGUUCACGCUGGGCACGGAGCUGGGCAACGAGCUGUUCUACAUCAGCUUCUUCCCGUUCCUCACCUGGAACGUAGACCCGUACGUCGCGCGCCGUCUGAUCGCGAUCUGGGUCUGGGUCAUGUACCUGGGCCAGUGCACGAAGGACCUGGUGCGGUGGCCGCGGCCUCCCUCGCCUCCCGUGGUCAAACUGGAGGUGUUUUACGACUCCGAGUACAGCAUGCCGUCCACACACGCCAUGUCCGGUACCGCCGUGCCGCUGGGACUGUUCCUGCUCACCUACGGCCGCUGGGAGUAUCCGUUCCUUCUCGGACUCGCUCUGGCUGUGAGCUGGAGCGUGCUGGUGUGCGUGAGCCGCGUCUACAUGGGCAUGCACUCUGUCCUGGACGUGAUUGCCGGUUUCCUCUUCAGCCUGCUCAUCCUGGCCGUUUUCAGUCCAGUCCUGGAUGCCAUCGACACGUUUAACCUGUCUUCCACCUACGCCCCCGUCCUCGUCGUCUCGCUCCACGCCAUCUUGGGGCUUUUCUCCUUCACCCUGGACACGUGGAGCACGUCCCGUGGCGACACCGCUCAGAUCCUGGGCACGGGCGCGGGCAUCGCCGUGUCGUCCCACCUCAACCACCAGCUGGCUCUGAUCCACGAUCCUCCCGCCUCCAUGCUGCCCAUGCAGGCUCCGCCGCUCAGCUUCGGCCUCUUCGGCUGGAGCUUGCUCCGAUUCGUCCUGGGCGUGGUGAUGCUGAUGAUCACCAGGGCGGUCAUGAAGGCUCUGACGAUCCCCCUGGUGUGCCGCGUCGUCGGGAUCUCCAGCCGGGACGUCCGCAGAGCCAGGCAGCACAUGCAGGUCGAGCUUCCGUACCGCUAUAUCGUUUACUGGACCGUAGGGUUCAGCGCCUUCUUCCUCGUACCCUUCAUCUUCAGCCGCGUCGGCUUGUCCUGAUUGGCCGACGCAUCAAACGGGUUCAUAAACGGACAGAUCGGGGCUCGAGUUUUAGCGCUGCAGUUCCUCCAAGACAAAAAAAAUAAAUAUAUAUAUUCUUUUAAAAAUUCCCCAAAAUUCUUUGAGUUUAUCAUAAAAACCUGCACUGCCCAAAGCAAUGGCUUCUGAUCGACAUCUUACAGCAGUAUAGCACACAUUUAGAGCGAAUUCAUGAUUUUUACUUUUUUUUUUUUCCCUCCUUCUAAAACCAGGUUUUUACGUUCAGGGUUAAUAUCGUCGUGGCUUCCGUUUCUGACGCACCGUUUUUCGAAAUAUUUUCUUCACGUCGCGAAUAGGCACAUAUUUUAUCGAAACCCUGUGACUGCAAGUCCUCAGACUUUCCACUUCGCCAGAGGCACCUCGAACACUUGAAGAUCCCCCCACCCCCACCCCCACCCCCCCCACCCCAGAAUAAGAUUCCAUUAUUUGGGAUCGAGGACUUUUUCUUCUUAUGUAUUGUUUGUUUUUGUUUUUUUUCCACUUUAAUUUGUUCGACUGAAAUAUUUCUGACUGAACUCGGAAGACCUCAGUAUCCUCCGGCUGACCGGACGGACCCGACAGGACCGGGACGACCUCGCGGUUCGAGGCGGACAGCGUGGUCGUGCUUCUCCGUCGAUCCGUAAAGGUGUCCGCUGUGAGGUUUUUUUUAAACACCGAAGGCAGAGCUUUUUCGUUUAGUCAUUUAGAGAAUCUAGAGAUGUAACCACUCUCCGACACGAAUAAUUCAGGGAUGGUCUCUGUGCACACUUUCGCUCACUAAUAUGAAUGAAAACAAAUACUCUUAACCCUGUAAAACUGACGCCGAUCUUGGGAGAACGCGAGCGCGUUUUUUUACGCGGCGUGCCCGAUUCGUUAACAUGUUUGCGUUGUAACGUCCUGAACGCGACUGCGGAAUCUUCGGGAAGACCUACAGGGCCGUCGCUCCGGCGCAUAGUUCCAGCAUCCGUUGGGUGAUCCCAGUCGGGAUCGCGUUCACGCCGACGGUAACCUGCGCGCUCGCGCUGCCGUUGCAUUCAGACAAUCGGCUCUAACCACGCUGAGGUCGUUUCCUCACGACCGGCCUUUCUCAUGUUUCUCGUCAGGUUCAUUAAAAAUAAAUAAAUAAAUAAAUCCGGUUUUACCCCGUGCUCUGAAGGAGACGGGAAAACAAAUCCAACGUCUACCGCGUGAGCUCGGAGAGGUCUUCUGUUGAAAUGCACUGUUUCCCAGAAUGCACUGCUUUUAUGUCUGCUCGUGUCGUCGUCAGGCUUUUAUUUAAUUUCUUUCUCUGUGUGUGUGUGUGUGUGUGUGUGUGUGUGUGUGUUCUGCGUUCACACUAGCCAGAGACGAGUCGUUUGUGAGCCACUGUCGCUUGUGGGCGUGGCCUGUUCUGAUUUGAGACAGUAGUAGUUGUACAGUUUAUACGCGAGCGUUCGGAUGCACUGGUGCAGUUUUUGAUGCACGUUUCUGCGUCAUACCUAAUUUGCAUACAGCCCAAAUGACGGCGAAAACGGACAGUCGCUGGUCGCCGGUAGUGUGAACGCGAGGUUGAGUGUGUCCACUAUAAAUAAAAGUGGAGAAGGUGUGUACCUGGCAAUAAGAGCGGCAUCUCGUCCCUGGCCAAUAAGGGUGAAGCUUCGUGACGCGUCCAUCAGUUGUAUUAACUGAGUGACAUCCCGUAAUCGGGACGCGUGAGAAAAGCACUACAGCUGGACGUUCUGCACCGAUUCGUUCAAAAUAUGGAAUAAAAACUCCCAAGAUGUCCUUUCUUUUGUGCCCACAGGCGCUUGAAUACAUUUAUUUAUUUAUAUAAGUGUAGGCCCGAUCACCAUGCAAUCAAAUGUUCGGUUUUUUUAUUUUUUUUUCUUUUCAUCUUCAGUGAGGAAUCUAACUCUUGACUUUAAAAAGUAACCCAAAAGGUACCGAAGCAGCCGAGACGCGCUUCUCCAGAUCCUCGGAGGUGAAAUGAUACCAGAGCUGACCAAAAUGGCCGCCCCUUUUUUUAACCACAACCCCGAGGCGGCGAUUUACGUUCUUCCAUUUGAUCCUGAGCGCCGAGGACUCUUUAACCGUUCGGGUUUUCUCGCCACGUAGGUGGACCUCUCGCGCGGAGAGCGUUGGCGUCGGGUUUAUUUUUCGCGCAGGAGCGUUCACACGGACACGCCGUGAGGUCGUUUCCCGUCGCUUUCUUUAAAGUGCGGAAAUGUCCCAGGUUUAGUCGUCGUCGUCGUGGUGUCCCGUUUAAACGCAGGCUUCUGAGUGAGAUUAUUAAACAUCGAAUCAAAUAAAAAAAAGUGUCGGAGGAUGUGAUGUGGCGAUUCCACGCGGUUGUAACGGGCUCGAUCCGUUCCGCGUAGCUCCGACUGUGCCUUUCCCGUGUGGUAUCUCUCGAGAGUUUCAUUCGCGUUUGCGUACACGACGAGAACCCGGGUCUUUUUCUUUUCCGCUCAGAUGUCGAGCGACGUGUCCGGCCUCCGUCCACGAUGAAAGCAAUAAUAAUUACCCGCUUCCUGUCUGUUGAUUUGAAAUCAUAAGACGGAUAGGUGGAGCCUUCGGCAUGUAUCCUACUAUGCAUGUUCAACAUAAACGAGUACACGGCGCAAUCAGUGCUCUGUAAGUACAAUAGGGUGACGCCAUCCUUCCUUCCUUCUCCAUUUCCAUACAGGAAAUAUCUACAGCAAAUGUCGUACGGACCCGAAGACCGACUCGACUCGGAUCGUACAGUCGAGGACCAACGCGUGUAUAGUUACACUUUACCGUUUUUGUUUGUUUGUUUGUUUGUUUGUUUGUUUGUUUUUCCCCGUCUUUUCUGCUUUGUCUUCUCCCGUAGGAGAAGUGUUUGUGUAUGGAAGAGAGUCGGGACGCCCGUGACGUCAUUUAUUUCACUAGCUGCUUAGUAGCAGAGCUUCCAAUCGCUCGAAUUCAGACCAGUGAUGUGUAUGGGAUGGAUGGAUAGCGCCCCCUAGUGCGCUCUCAACCCCACAGUCUGGAUUUAACACUCGGGACGCGGCGUCCAGAGAGAUUACCGUGGGCAUGAAUGUUUUAAUGUUUGAAUGUUUUAUCUGAUUAACAAUUUUACUGUGUUUUACUAGAUCAGAAUGGUUGCGUAGUUAUCACAAAUGCAAAAGAAAAAAAAAAAGAAGAAGAAAAAAAAUGUUUUUGUUUAUUUUUUUUGACUGUUUUUGCGAUUGCAAAAGAAAAAAGCAAUGCCAUUUACAACAGCUGCCUUUUGUCGUUCGUUCUUACUGUAUGAUAUACCAUAUAACAUAAUUUAUAUUAUAUAAUAAAAUAAACUGCACUUGUUAUAGCGACAUCUGCGAUUAUAUAUUUAUUCGGGGUCACUGAGAGCGAUGCCGCAGCGGAGUUGUAUAAAUAGACAUAUAAACGUGGGGGAAAUGAGCAGGAAACGAAUGGCGCUAGUUUAAUUCUUAAGUGAUUUGUAAUUAGAGGUCAGGAACUUCCACGGAGAUGUCUGAUUUUAAAUAAUUUUUGUAAUGUUUUCUUUUUCUACUGGUGAAGGUGAGGCACUAGAGGUUGAAAUGAACAUACUGACAUGUCGGUAGUUGUUUUGUUUUUUUUGUUGUUGUUGUUGUUGUUUUUAGAGCUUUCCGAUCAUUUCUGACACUGUAAUCAUCUAAAAUGUCCACAGGAAAAUGUUUAUUUCACUGUUUUUAUUCACACAUGACCACUGCAUUGUCUGAAGCUUAGCAGUUUUGAAGAUCACAUCAUGUCCCCUAUCCCUGAACUGCUUGUUUCCUGAUGUCCAUGUCCACCUGUGUCAUUAGGAUAUACCUUUCAUACAGCUUCCUUUAUACACCUUCUACGCCGCACUGACGUGAAAACUCAUCCAAACCAAAAACAUUCUAUUUAAAAAACAAUAUAUAAUAAUAAUAAUAAUGUUAUCCUUCAAAUCUUCAUAUAUUCCAAACCAAAAAUCUCAUUUCCUACAUGAUCAGCGUCCGUGAUAUCCCGCGUGUGUAUGUCAUGUCCGUAAUUACGAGGUUAAUUACAUCAGUGCAUGGUAUUUUCUAUAAUAAUCAACAAUCUAUAUAAAUUCCCUACAAAACCUCUGUAAACGUCUUUAUCUCGUGAAAUAAACUUCACGGUGAAAUAAACAAUUUAACUCCA